AUGAAGUUCUCUUCCCAAGUUUCCGCUGCAGCCAUCUUGGCAAAGGCUGCUUCUGCCGGCACCGUUGUCUGGGACGGCCGGUUCACCGAUACUAGUGCCUCAGACCUGAGCAAGUGGAGCUGGUCCAACCAGGUUGGCGCCUACCAGUACUACAUCCACGGCACGGGAGACGUCGCUGAAUAUGUGAACAUCGGCGCCGAGUACGCCAAUCCGGCCGAUGGCUCGGGCCUCGGCGUCAAGAUCUCCCUCACUGAUACCGCAUACUGGAACGGCCAGACGAUGCGUCGAACCGAGCUGAUCCCCCAGACGAAAGAUACUGCUGCCAUCAGUUCGGGCACCCUCUACUACCACUUCAGCAUCAAGCGCAGCGACACCAAUGCCCCCUCUGUCAACCGCGAACACCAGAUCGCGUUCUUCGAGAGCCACUUCACCGAGCUGAAGGCUGGCUGGCUUAGCGGUGCUUCUGGAGACUCCGAUGCCUCGCUGAGGUGGUUUGCCAACAGCCAGAGCCAGUGGAACGUCACCUGGGAGGCGGAUGUGUGGCACAACAUUGCCUAUGAGAUCAACUUCGAUGCCAACACCGUCGGUUUCUGGCACUCGACCGGCUCAGACGCCUUGACCCAGGUCGUCGCUCCAGUCUCGGCCAGCGUGUCCAGCAACGGUGCUGAUUGGCACUUGGGUGCCUUGGAGCUUCCCCGUGAUGGAUAUACUGACUCGGACGAGGACUUCUUCUUUUCCGGAGUCUACAUUGAGAGCGGCGACUUGACAACCACUUUCUCUGGCAGCUCCGGUUCUGGCAAUUCUGGCGCUGCUCCGUCAUCCACCGUUGCGGCUACUUCGACGGUCGCUGCAAGCAGUGUCGCAAGCAACCCAACGACCUUGGUCACUUCAACCAAGGCGACCGCCUCAGCUGCUGUCAGUACUUCUAGCGCUGUUGAGUCUGCCGUAACCACCGCCGUUGCUUCUCCCACCUCUAUUGCCACUCAAGUCACCUCUUCCGCGGCCGCCAGCGCAGUAACUACAGAGACAUUGCCAGUGACAACAAGUGCACUCCCUUCGGCUGCUUCAUCGUCGUCCACAGCACCCGCCAGCAGCAGCUCUGCGAAGCCAUGCAAAAGCAAGAAGAGAAAGGCCAGACAGGCUAGAAGACUUCCUUAA